UCCUGACUGAACAAGGAACUGCAGUGAGCGGUGUACCCUUGUGCGGUACGCGUUGUUAUCGUUGUUAAGUUGCAAGCUUGUAGACUUUGCACAUCAGUCAGACAAUCUUAAAUUUAAAAUGUUGAAGAGAAAACCAUCUAAUGUGUCUGAUAAGGAGAAAAGUCAAAAACCUAAGCGCACCAGUAGUUUUGGAAGCUUUGACCGUUUCAGAUAUCACUCAGUAUCAAAGACAGAUGAUUCAGCUGAGGUGUCUGAGUUGGAGACUGUAAGUGAUAUUGGAGAUGCAGCACAAACCAAAGCAGCGUAUAAUGGAAGAAGCUUGGGAAAGAAGAUGAGAGCCAUUUCCCUUACCAUGAAGAAAAAGAUGGGUAAAAAGUACAUCAAGGCACUCUCUGAGGAGAUGAAUGAAGAAGGAAAAGAUGACAGUGAUCCUGGUGGUGGAAUACACACUGAGAAGGUCUCCCUGAAAGCCAGUGACUCUAUGGAAAGUCUCUAUAGUCUAAACAGUGGCCAGAGCUCAUCCAGUGGGGUGACCAGCUGCUCUGAUGGAACAAGCAACAGGGAUAGCCUCCGGUUUGAUGAUGAAGUCCCUUACAGUGGGCCAUUCUGCGGCCGAGCCAAAGUGCACACUGACUUCACACCAAGUCCUUAUGACACGGACUCUCUGAAAAUUAAGAAAGGAGACAUUAUAGAUAUCAUCUGUAAAACGCCCAUGGGGAUAUGGACAGGCAUGCUGAACAACAAAGUAGGAAACUUUAAGUUCAUUUAUGUGGAUAUUAUUAUGGAAGAGGAAACUGCACCCAGGAAGAUAAAACCGCAUAGAGGAAGCAAAAGGAACAAGCCUAAAACACUGCAAGAACUCUUGGAACGUGUCCAUCUGCAGGAAUACACCUCAACUCUCUUGCUAAAUGGCUAUGAAACUCUUGAGGAUUUAAAAGAUCUACACGAGAGUCACCUGAUUGAAUUGAAUAUUUCAAACCCAGAGGACAGGGCAAGAUUGUUAUCAGCAAUUGAAAAUCUACAGGACAAUGACAAUGAACAAGAGCAGAUAAGCGAGGGUGGUCAGGAGACACAGAGCUUAAGCCCUCAGCACAGUUUUGACAAAUCACAGUUAAAUGACUGCCCAAGAGAUUCCGGCUGUUACAUCUCAUCAGAAAAUUCAGAUAAUGGUAAAGAAGAAGUAGACCCAGAAACCCUGUCUGACAUGGUGCAGUCAAUAACCAUCACUGAGUCAAACUGAUUCUGUUAAGCUGUUUCUGCAGAUGCUCAGAAAAGACAAUCAGAUAAGUGAAGUUGAUUUGCUGGUACAGAAGCAGAACACAAAAUAUUUCUCAACACCGAAAAUCUACUUCUGUCUGAUAUAUAAUGCUCUAGACUGCUUAAUAUGCGGACAUUUGAGAACUAAAUCUUAGCUGAUAAUAACAUUAUCUCAUGCUUUUCAACGAAUCCACCGACAUUUCACUGAAAAAGUUCAUGCAUAUAUAUUUAUAUAUAUUUGUACAGCAAAUGCAUUUUGCAUAAUGAUAGGGAAUUGUUUUGGAUAGCGAUACAUUGUCUAAAUAUUAAGCUGUGGAACUCUCCAAAAUGUAAAUACUGUAUAUAUUUAUUUUUAAAAGAUUGAUUAAUCGUAUUGUCUCUUUUUUCAGAUGGGUUUUGCUGAGAUUUGUACAGAAAAUAUUUGUAUUGAUUUACCAUCAUAAUAAAAAACUGGAUGCAUUCACAUCCUACUUUGAAAAGUACUAACCUAAUUCCUGUUAGUAUUAAAGCCUUUUAAUGCUAUUCUUCUCCAAAAUGGUCUCUGAAGAGGCUGUCUUACAUUUUAUCCUGGAUGAACAAAAGCACUGUCGUGUCAGUCUGAAUCAAGCUCUUUGUGUUUGUCACCUUCUAGAGAGUGUAGCCAUCUGAAUUCCUCACGCACUGCCAAUUUGUAUAUUGUAAUUUUCACAACUGUUCUCAUUUCUUUCCAAGCAUUCUGAAGACAAUGCAAGCUUGGAACAACAAAAAACAAACAAACAAACACAGUGGUUUCAAUGCUAUGCUUUUGUUAUUGUUUUUUUGUGUAACUCUUGCCUUUUGUGUGUGAUGUCAAGCUUGUUCACUGGGUAUUUUUGUUUGUGUACAGAACGCAGAAGCUAACGUGGUUAUCAUGCACUAUUGUCUUUUAUAUGGAAUUUAAUUGUCAUCUCCCACGGUAUUUUGCACUGGAAUACACAUUACAUCCGCCUGUCUUCUUCCUUCAAAAAUAAACAAAAUCAUACAUUUGAGCCCUUUAAAAA